CUUGCUGAAUGUCAUUGAUCAGUCGAAACCAACUCAAAUUAAGUCACGAGCACACACGACAAACCCUCAGCAAACAUGCAAACACGGCAGGACGCCGCCGACGCCGAGGACGUGGUCAUUGUCGGCGCCGGCCUCGCUGGCCUCGGCGUCGCCCUGGGACUCCACAGGAAGGGCGUGCGGAGCGUGGUGCUGGAGUCGUCGCCGGCGCUCCGGACGUCCGGCUUCGCGUUCAUGACAUGGACCAACGCCUUUCGCGCGCUUGACGCCCUCGGCGUCGGCGACAAGAUGAGGAGCCACCACCUGCAGGUUCAGGGGGUGCGAGUCAUGUCCCCCACUACCGGGGAAGUGGUGCGAGAGCUGGAUCUCCGGGUGCAAGGCAAACUGGGACCCCACGAAGCCCGGUGCGUGCAGCGUAACGUGCUCCUCCAGGCGCUGGAGGAAGAGCUUCCCACGGGCACCAUCCGCUACUCCUCCAGGAUCGUCUCCAUCGACGACGACGACGAAGACGGCGGCGACGGCAAGACCCUCCAUCUCGCCGACGGCUCGACGCUACGAGCAAAGGUGCUGAUCGGUUGCGACGGGAUCAACUCGGUGGUGGCCAAAUGGCUGGGGCUCGCCAAGGUGCUCGACUCAGGGCGCAGGGCGACGCGGGGGCACGCCAGGUACCCCGAUGGCCACGGCUUCCAGCCUAAGUUCAUGCAGUUCAGCGGCAACGGCUUCCGCGCAGGCCUGGUGCCCUGCGGCGACAUGGACGUGUACUGGUUCUUGACGUGGUCACCUUCCAUCCCGGCCGGCAAGGAGGAGGACGUGGACGAGAGUCCGGCGGAGAUGAAGGAGUUCGUCCUGGCCAAGCUGAGGAGCAUCAAAGCCCCUGCCGAGGUGCUGGAGGCGGUUGAGAGAAGCGAGAUGAACGACGUGCUCGUGGCUCCCCUGAGGUACCGCCCGCCGCUGUCCCUCCUCUUCGGGAGCAUUAGCAAGGGGAACGUGUGCGUCGCCGGUGACGCGCUCCACCCCACGACGCCCGACCUGGCGCAGGGCGCGUGCAUCGCCCUGGAGGACGCCGUCGUCCUCGCGCGGUGCCUCGGAGACGCCAUCGUUGGAAGGGAACGGGAGACGGUGGAGGCGGCUCUGCGACGGUACGCCGGGAUCCGGCGGUGGAGGAGCGCCCAGGUGAUCGGGGCGUCCUACAUGGUGGGGCUGGUGCAGCAGAGCGAGCACGCCGUGGUGAGAUUCGCGCGGGACAGGCUGCUGUCAGGGGUGCUCGCCAAGGGGCUCCUUAUGAUGCCGGACUACGACUGUGGCACGCUUUGACUGCGAGUGCGAGUUACCAUCAGAGUUGGACGGUGUCAAGAAUAUUAUUUUUUUGAGAUACGGCCCCACGCACUUUAUUUAUUCAAAGACCGUACAUAAUCUGAAUGCACAGCCGCAUUCAGAAAGUCAGGGAUAACAUCAAAAGUUACAAUUUACAUCUCAGUGGAGAGCCCUCUUUUUACAAGUA